AAGUAUACACAGUUCGGUAACUUUUUUUAACAGAAAGAAUAUUUAAAGGCUGAAUAGAUAGAUCAAUACAAGAAAAACGAUUAAAAAGUGUAUACAUGUGGUUGUUUUCAAGGUGAAAUGCAAGGAUAGUUUAAUAUUUCAUUAGAAAUGGAGCGCAAGCCAAAGAAAUUAAAAGUUGAUAAUUCAUUACUUCGGCCAAAACCGUUUACACAGAAAGGGUUAUAUGAUGACGAAGUUACAUUAUAUUUUGGAAAGGAAAAUCUUUAUGUCUCGAAGAAUUUUCUAUGUUUAGCCUCGCCAGUAUUCGAAGCGAUGUUUAGAAAUGAGUUUAGAGAGAAGAAAGAGAAACGUGUGGCGAUGACUUGGAAAUCAUACGAAGACUUCCUUGACUUCCUGCUGUGUAUUCAUCCAAGAUAUCAAAAAGAAGUAAACGAACUGAAUGUGCUACGUAUUGUCCCUUUAGCUGAGGAAUAUCAAGUGACAGCGACUGUAACAAAAUGUAAGGCUGUUAUGAAGUCCAUGUUGUCAAAUGCCGAAGAAACAGCAUUACAAACAAAUCAUCUUCCAGAACAUCUUAAACCAUUGAAGAAGUGUUUAAAUGUAUUGAAUUCCGCAGCUUCUCUGAAUUACACAGACAUUAUGGACUUAGCUGUCAAAUCUAUUGCCAGGUUUGGAUACUGUCUGUACGACGGACUUGAUCAUUCUAAAGAUGUAUUAAGAGGUUGUUAUCCAGCGUUAGACAGCAAAGUAGACGUUAACAACGAUACGACAUACAGUGAUAUAUAUAAAGAUUGUAAUGUUCUCUUCAAAGGUCUCUCGCUUGAAAUCCGCAACAAAAUUCUGUCUGAAAGAUUAAUGAAAUUCAAUGACAAUAAAUUUAAGUAAUUUAUAGUAAUCAAAUUUCAGAUUACGCGGCGUUUUUAUCUACAUCC